AUGCUGCAGCUGCAAGAAUUUGUGCUGCCGCUGCUGAUGCUUCAGCUGAUGCUGCAUCACCAACCGUUUCCCUUUGUCAGCUCUGCUCUUCCAGCAGGGGCAGCAUCAGCAGAAGCUGGAGAAGACGAAAUGAAGGAGCCGCGAGCAAUAGCAGCAACACACAGCAGCAGGCCACAGCAGCAACACGCAGCAGCAGUCUGCAGCGGCAAGCAGCAGCAGCAAACAGCAAGCGGCAGCAGCAAGAGGCAGCAGGCAGCAGCAAGAGGCGGCAUGCAGCAGCAAGUAGCUGCAGCAAGCAGCAGAGUCAAGCAGCAAUAG